CCCUGUUCUUAACAGUUCCGUCGCUCCUUGGGAUUACUCUCCGGUCACAGUAGUCAUGGCGAUGUCCUUGUGUAUUCGCGCAGCCCUGAGGCUUCCCAGAACUGUACGUCUGCGGCCUGGCACCCUUGUUCCUCGCACCACUACCAUCACUCGUUUAGCCUCUACUAAUGCUGUCAUCGCCCGACCCGGCGAGAACGCCCAUCAUGAGGAGGUCAACCUGUAUGAGAAGAACCCAGACUGGCACGGAUACCAUGAGGACCCUGUGGUGGACGUGUGGAACAUGAGACUUGUGUUUUUCUUUGGUGUGUCGCUGUGUAUAGUGUUGGGCUCAGUGUUUGUGUAUUACCAACCAGACCAUGGGAUGAGGCAGUGGGCUCGCCGGGAAGCAGAGAGAAGACUAAAAGAACGAGAAGCCUUGGGCUUGGCACCUAUUGAUGUGAAUUACUAUGACCCAGAGAAGCUGGUGUUGCCCCCUGCAGAGGACUGAGUGACUUAUCUAAUAAAGUGCAAGACUGUGUGCUGUGUGUUCUGUUUCUGGCGUUGGAUGGGUUAAAGCUUUGUCUGCGCCAGGAGGAUUUUACAUUAAAUCUGUUGGUGAAACA